AUGGCAUCUCACAUUCCUGCACCCAGCUCUGGGGGUAGUGCCCCGCAGAGUGUGGAAAAGAUUACCCGGAUCGCUCAAGACUACGAGUACAACUCAGCGGUUCCCCUGCGUUAUUGGCUUAGGACUGCUGCCACGCUUAUUCGAGAGGCACAAAUCUACGAACGUGAAGGCCACGAUGAACAAGCAUAUCUUCUCCUAUUUCGACAUGCCCAGCUGGUCCUGGUACACCUGUCAAAGCACCCGGACGCUACUAAAGAUGAAAAAGUCCGACAGGCACUAGUUGUGGCGGAGAAAGAAGUUUCGAAGAACCUCGCCAAGUUGGAGAUCCUCAAACCCCGCAUAAACAAGCGAUACGAGCGCUACACCCAGCUUAUGCGCGAGCGCCAGUCGCGGAAGCUAUCCUCUGAAUCCCACGUACGCGCUGAAUCCCGAGAGCGACCUGUUGAUCCCGCCCUCUCAGGUGUUGCAGAACCUUUGGAAGCGGCGGAGAACCGAGAUCUUGCUGUUCGUUUGGCGCAAUCAGAGCUCACACGCCGAGCUACUGUUAGAGACGGUCGUCGAUCUGCUGGAGUGUGGGGCAACUGGGAAACAGCAUCAAAGACGGACCAUCGACCAGGCGAUCAAGAUCUGAGUCAACGGAUUCAAGAUAUCCGGGCCAACAUCGAUCACGCACAGCCCAUUAGCCAUCCUUCCAAUGUCCGGCAACCCUUCUCUCACGAGACGUCUUAUUCAAUAUCCUCCGCGUAUAAAUACCCGUCUGUGCCCCACCAGAAAGCAUUGGACCCCUCCAUCUCUCCAGAACAUGUUCCCAUUCGUGACUUGAACACAGAGCGGUACUCGCCUCCAAUAUUGCCACCGAAGGAACGAAUUGCACCCAGCAGAUCCCUGGACGGAUCAGGACACUCGCUUCUACCACCUCGCCGUCCAUCAAAGAUCCCAGCAGCGCCUGCGCUGCCAGAGAAAGUAAGACCGUCUGACUCUCUGGACCCAUCCAGUUACACCUUCAAACCCUCCGCCUACUUGGAAAAUGGAUCACCAUUGCGAUCCGUCUUCCUCCCUUCGACCCUUCGAUCCCGGUUUCUGGACUUGGCAGCUUCCAACACGUCUCGCAAUCUCGAGACAUGUGGAAUCCUUUGCGGUACCUUGGUCUCGAACGCCCUAUUUAUCUCUAGACUCUUGAUUCCAGAGCAAAUAUCCACAUCGGAUACAUGUGAGACGACUAACGAGUCUGCUAUCUUCGACUACUGCGACUCUGAAGACUUGAUCAUGCUCGGAUGGAUCCACACACACCCUUCACAGACCUGUUUUAUGAGCUCGCGUGACUUGCACACCCAUUCCGGGUACCAGGUAAUGCUCUCUGAGAGUAUUGCCAUUGUGUGUGCACCGAGCAAGGACCCCGACUGGGGCGUCUUUCGUCUCACCGACCCGCCUGGCCUGAAGACUGUACUCAACUGCAACAAGCCCGGCUUGUUCCAUCCUCAUGGCGAAGACAAUAUCUACACGGGUGCUCUUAAACCCGGACAUGUCUUCGAAGUCAAUGGACUUGAAUAUGAGACAGUUGAUUUGCGUCCCAAGUGA